AAAAAUAAAAUUCCCCUUCAAAUAACAAUAACAUUUAAUGUUUAAAUAAUCUUGUUAACUCGAAAAUUAAUUUGACAAGUUUUUGAUAUCUCGAAUUUUCUUAUCCAAAUUUAGUACUAAAAAUAGUUUAUUAAGGCGAUUAUUUUUCGUAAAACCCGACCGUAAUUUAACUCUUGAUAACUUUGAUACAAUCAGUUUUAGUUCUGCCGUCUGUUCGUUCGUUUAAUCGUUUAUCGUGUGAGUGUGACAGUGUUAAUCAGUGGUUAUUAUGGCUCAAAAAAGAAAAUUAACAACAUUAUCACUGGCAGAAAAAGUGAACUUGCUUAAAAUUAUUGAAAAAGGCGAAAAAAAAAAACAAGACAUAGCCAAAGAUUUUGGAAUUCCGGCGAGUACGUUAUCUACAAUAAUAAAAAAUAAAGAUGUAAUUUUAAAAAACUUUAACAAAAACUCGGCAACUAGAAAAAAAAUGAAACUAGGAGAAUACUCUGACAUAGAAUCAUGUUUAUUAAAAUGGUUUCAACAAUGUCUUGACAAAAAAAUUCCAAUUAAUGGACCUAUUCUACGAGAAAAAGCUGAAGAGUUUGGACAUAAGUUAGGGCAUGAACAUUUUAAAGCUAGCAGUGGAUGGUUAACAAAUUGGAAAAUCAGAAAUAGCGUUGUAUUUAAACAAGUUUGUGGUGAAAGUGGCGCUGUAGAUGUACAAAAAUGUUCCGUAUGGAUAAAUAAUUUACCGAAACUCAUCGAAAAUUAUUCACCAGACGAUAUUUUUAAUGUAGAUGAAACAGGAUUAUUUUUCAAAUGUUUACCUGACAAAACAUUCAUAUUUAAAGGCCAAUCUUGUUCAGGUGGAAAACAUAGUAAAGAAAGAGUAACACUUCUGUUAGGGGCAAAUAUGUCGGGCACAGAAAAAUUAAGACCACUUCUGAUUGGUAAGUCGAAAAAACCACGAUGUUUUAGAACUUCGACUGAAAAUAUUCCAGAUGAACCUUCUGAUGAUAAUAACGAUGAAUGGGAUCAAUUAAAUAUUAAUGAAACUUUUACGUCAUACGUCAAUGUCGAUGAAAAUUUGGAGAUUUGUGGAGAAUGGACUGAGAACGAUAUUAUCUCCGAUAUAUUGGACGAAGAUAACGAAGAAGAAAUUGAAGACCAACAAAUACAAUCCACCAUUACAAAUAAAGACGCGAAACUUGCAUUAGAAACAUUACGUAAAUAUAUUGAAGGCAAUGAAGGUAUGGAAGAUUUAUUUAAACCACUAGGUGAAAGCAGUCUUUUCUAA